AUGCAAUUUUUAUUAGAACGACCAACAUAUUCAUUAUAUAAUAAUCAAGAACGGAUUAAAUUGUUUCAAAAAAAUCGAUUAGAAGAUAAUAUAGAUUCUUCAUCGUCCAGUGAAACUUUACAAUCUGUUCUUGAACGAACAUUUUUCACUAAGGAAAUUUCAAAUGCAAUAAAUAAAAGUUUUAUUAAUAAUUCUGAAAAUCUUAUCUCGUCAAUUGAUAAAAAUCAAUUCAAUCAAUAUUGUUCUUCAUUAGCAAAGAGGAUCGAAAGUUAUUCUCUUUCAAAUCAUUCAACCAUGGCUAUAGCAGCAUUGACAAGUUUUUCAGAAGAACAAACAAAUAGUUUGGAUUAUGAUAAUACUUAUUUGUACGCUGAAGAAAUAAGUAGAUUAGAUGAUAUUUCAUCUUUUACAACUGUUACAUCAAAUUUAACAAAAACGUUAAAUACUAUAGAACAAGAUGCAAGUGUUUGUUCUGAUACAGCUAUUAUUCAUUCCGAUGCAGAUGAUAUUUCAGAAUCAAUUUCAUUCAAUAUUCAACAAUAUCAGAACAAUAAUGAAAAUCCUCCUGUAUCAAAAGUAAAUACCAAGAUUAUUAAUGAAGCGAUUAUGCCAAUAAACAUUAAUUUAACUCCAAGUGACCUUAAUUUUACUGGCUUAGUAUAUGCAACAAAAUGUACAAUCAUAAAGUCACAAGAAAAGGAUGAUGAGCAGACUUUAUCCGCCUAUGACAAUGUUGCUUAUUAUUCUGAACAAAAUAAUAAGAUAAGGUCACAUGUAGACAUUACCUCGUUAAUUUCAUCGAUGACAUCGUCUAUGCAAGACAAUCAUUGUCCUAUGACUUUUACCGGUGAACAACUGAAUAAACAAGAGACAAAGAGAACAAAUGAACAAGAAGGAGACGAAGAAGAUGAUUAUGAUGAUGAUGAUGAUUAUUUUAUAGUAGAUCAACAAAAAGCAAUUGAUCAGUUAGCAAUGAUGAAUAAUGAAAGUGAAACUGAAGUUGAAGAAGAAUAUGAUCAUGAAGAUGAACAUUUUGAGUCCACUAGAUUGUUUGACACUGGACAACAUGAUGGAAUGCUUUCCGAUGAAUCACAAUAUUCAGAUGAUUUAAGAUAUUCAUCGGAUGCUAUACGAAAUAGUUCUGUAAAUGAUGAUCUCAAUAAUACAAGUUCAACAUUACGUCAAGAGGCUAUUUCAAUAACAAAAGUUCGUUGCAAACAACGUGAAAAUUGGAUACGUUCGUCGCCAGCAUAUGAUCAAGUUGAUGGCACGAUUACACCUUCUGCUUUUAUAAACGGCAACGUGAACAUCACGACACGUGUUCAAACAGGAACUACAAUGUUAUUACACAAGAAUUCUGUAGAUUGUAAUAAAAGUGAAAAUAAGAACGGUGAAUCAGUCUCUUAUGAAUUUCUACAAUUGAAUAAUGAUCCUCAUUCGACCAAAGCUGAUAAAUCAAUUCUGUCACCAUUGUUAAAAACAACCAACACGUAUGAUAAAGAUGCACCAUCAACAAGUCAAAAGACAAACAGUUUUUAUUUAAUUCAUCAUCAAUCAUCAUUAAUUCCUAUUCAAGAUUUAUUAAAUAAAAACCUUAAUAAAAAUAUUGAAAUUAUACAAAUGGAUGAACAAGAAUGUAUAUUAGAAAUAGUUGAUGGAGUUUUAACGCUUGUACCAAAAGAUAAAUCAACAUCAUCGACAGCCAAUAGUUAUGAAGAAAAAUCAGAAGAACAACGAAAAACUUCAUCGGAUUAUGAAAAAAAUAAUAAUUACAAUUCUCCAAAAAAAGAAGAACGUUCAUCAUCGAUUACAUCCUCGAUUUCGACGCCAUCUCUGUCAGAAAAUGAGCACGAUGAUGAGCAACAGCAAGAACAAGAACAAGAACAAGAACAAGAACAAGAACAAGAACACGAACAUGAACAUGAAAGCGAACAUGAACAAGAACAUGAUGAAAUAACAUCAUCGUCCAGAUUAUCAUGGAACAAAGAAGAAUCUCAAGGACCAUUUAUACUCUUACGUGAUGUUCGAUCAAAAUCUCCUCCACUUCCAUCUCAAUCUGAGCAAUCUGCUGAUUUACUAGAUUUAUUUUCUACGCCAGUAGUCCCAUUAUCGAAUUCAAAUACAAAUCAUAAUGAUAAAAAUACGAAAAAUUUACUAGAUGAUAGUUUAUCAUCUGUUUCGUCUUAUGAAAAUAAUAAUAACAAUAAUAGUUCAAGUUCAGACUCAAUUGAAGGAAAAAAAAUACGAUCUACAUCACCAAUCCAACAUCAAUCAAUUCAUUCAUCAUCAGCAUCAUCUACAUCCAGCAAAGACGAGAUUCCGCCAGUGUCAUCGCCAACUAAAAAUUCUGCACUAAAUGAAAUCGUUCAAACAAUUAAAAAACUUCCAACAAACGACGAAGCAGAAGUUGAUAAUCAAUUACUGACAACAGAAGUUGAUAAUCAAUUACCGAAAGCAGACGUCGAUUAUCAAUUACCAAAAACUGAACCACCACCAGCGGCUAAACCAAUUAAUAAAGCUCGUAUAAACGAAUUUGCAUCUCUUCUAUCAUCAGCUGUUCAUUUAACUCAGCCACCAAUAACUAAAAAACAAGAACCAUCGAAAACUACUGCAAUUGUAAAUCAACCAUUGGCAUCACCUUCACGUUCUGAAGAUCAAAGUUUUUCUUCCAUACCAUCAGCAAAUAGUGACCGAGAAGAACGUGAAUCAUUUCAUACAGUGAAAUCAAAUAAUAAUUCAGAACAAGAACAAAUCAAGAAACAUAUUGAUGCACGUUAUAACGAAAAAAUUGACGAUCGAGCUUCAAUACAAAUAAAUACAUCAAAUAUAAAAGCAUUAUUUGAACAGAAAAUUUCCGAUACAAAUAAAACAUUGACACAAUCAAGUGAACAUUUAUUACAUGUCGCUGAAGCUAGGCAACAACAACAACAACAACAUAAAAAAGUACCAAUUAGUUAUGGGAGUUUAAAACGUAAUAUACCUGUUAGUCCACAACAAACAACACCAACGGCAAAUCGACGACCAUCAUAUCAAGAUUCUCCAAGUAUGAAUAAAUAUUCAGAGCAUGUUGUUGGAACAAAAGAUGUUGUCAUCGAAGACAAACAGCCUGAACAUGUUCAUCAAACGCAACCUUAUGGUAGUAACAUGCGUCGUAGUAAUACUGACCAGAUCAUUCGGCCUGGAGCUGAUUCGUUAUCGUCAUCACCAGUUAUCAUACCCAAUGGUUAUUAUUCAGAAACUUUAAUAGCUCGUGAAAUUCGCGAAACAAAAGAAAAAGAAGAAGAAUUGAAACGACAACGUAAAAAAUGUGGUCUAGCUGAAGAUUUAUCUUCGUUAUUAACAGUUUCAAAUAAUGAUUUAAAUAAACCUGAUUCAUCAACAUCGGCUAAACAACCUGCUAAAAAUAGUUCGUUUUUAUCAAAUUUAGAUUUCUUUACAUCCAAAGCACAUAAUUCACCCAAUGAAUUAACAUCACCACGUCGUUCAACAAUAGCAUUACAUAAUAUUGUUUAUGAUUCUCAUGGAACAUCACCCAACGAUGAACGUAAACCAAUGUCUAAUGUAGUUUCACAAGAAUUGAAUCGUUUUAAUAAUAAUGGUGUGCCACUUAUUCGUACAAGUUCAACAAAUAAUUUAAUUCAUCGUUCAGCAUCAAAUCAAAAUAUUCUCUCAGCACAAACUACUAAUAAUAUAAUUCAACGUGAAAUUGAAGCCAUACGUGCUAAAGAAGUUGAAUUACGUGAAUCAGGUCGAAUACAACAUACGAGUGAUGAUCAUGCAGAUCCGAGAAAAUAUCAAGAAUUUGUUUCCGUGUUACCAAAAAGCCAAUCAACUAAUGUGCUUUCAACUCAAAAAGUAAGAAGAGACAGUGGACGAACGAAUGGACCUUUGACGCCAGUGUCAAAUGGACCUUUGAAAGCAAAACCAAUUGCUACUAGUUCAUCUGUUUCAUCUAUUCGUGGUAAAUUUCCAAGUCCUAAUCCAACCGCACCUAUUAUAAGUGCAUCAAAUAAAUCGACGGAUUAUUCGAAAUUAUCAUCAUCUGAUCGGCUUGAAUUAGAAAAACGUGAAUGUCGAGAAAGAGAACAAGAACUAAGAAAACAACGUCAUUCAAUUAGUGGUGCUUCAUCGUCCGUUAAUCCAGCAGUGAAUAGUGAUUCAGGCAAUGUAUUACAAGAUGAACGUGGAGAAGACAAAGAACAUUAUUUUGAUAAAAUAGAACGAUUGAAAAAAAACGAAAACGAAAAAGCUCAAGCUCCGUUGGUUCGUCCUGGAAAAAAGCUAGAUAUGUCACAAAGAUGGGAACAAAUGAUGGCGAAUAAAAACUUUCAGAAUACAACUGGUGAUAACGAUGAUUAA